UCACUCGCAAAUUCCAUCUAUACUUCGGUUCUUAAAUGUAACAUAUUUUAAUUUAUUUCAUCCUUUAUACAAUACAAAUGAUUAACACACAUUUAAUUUUUAAUCGCACCGCCUCAAAUGUGACAGGAUGUGAAGGUGACAACGUGACCCGGAAGUAUUUGUCCUAGCUAGCACCCGGAAGUCGCGUAGUGGCUACAGCACGGGAAUCAAACCCGAUCAGCUUUUCACGCCACAGCAUCGUGGGUAUGAUGUGUCAAGUGGUGGAAGAAUAUGAGGAGUCGCUGGAGCAGGAGGCGCCGAGCGUGUCAAAGCAAUGUGUCAAAUGCAAGGAGGUGCUGGCCGUGGUGGUCAUCAGAGCAGGAGACAAAUACUGCAGGGACUGCUUUGACCAGUACUUCCGUCACAAAUUCCGGGCUACGCUGGGCAAGAACAGAAUAAUUUUCCCCGGAGAAAGGGUGCUGCUUGCUGUCUCUGGAGGACCUUCUUCCAGUUCAAUGCUCCGCCAAGUCCAAGAGGGUUUCGGUCAGAGUGCCCACAAAAAGUUGCGAUUCACGCCAGGCAUCGUCUAUGUUGAUGAGGGUGGCGCUGUGGGUCAGUCUGUUGAGGAGAGACGGCUAACGGUGGCCAAGAUGGAGGACGUGUUUAAAGCCACAGGGUUCCCCUUCCACAUCCUGCCUCUGGAACAGCUUCUUGACAUCCCCACUUCAGUCGUGGCGGUGAGGGCGGUGAGGGCGGCGUCUUCGCCCCCGCCAGCAAGUGCUUACAAAGCAGCUGUGGAUGACUUCAUCCGUAACGGCGUCAGUAGCGACGUAACGCCCCAGGAGAAGGCUGGAACGCCACCGCCGUACGUGCUGGCGUCCCAAACGCACGCCUUGCGGCAAAUGAUGGACUCUGUUAAGACUCUGACUGCCAGAGAAGAUCUCAUGAGCACCUUAAGACAGCAGCUGCUUGUGCACACGGCUCGCAGCGAGGGCUACACCAAAGUCAUGCUGGGACACAACUGCACCAGACUGGCUGUCCAGCUUCUCACCAGCAUCUCACUGGGCAGAGGAGCACAUCUGGCUCGGGACACGGGUUUCUCGGACUCUCGCUACGGCGACGUUACGUUUGUGAGGCCAAUGAGGGACCACACUGCUAAAGAAAUAGCCUACCAUAACCGUCUUUUUCAUGUGCAGUGUGUCUUCACGCCAAACCUGCACACCAAGGCUAAAGCAAAGUCCAGCAUCCAGCAUUUGACUGAGAGCUUUGUCAACAACCUGCAAGUGGAUUUCCCUUCCACCGUCAGCACCAUCUACAGAACAAGCGAGAAGCUGCAAACGGCUUGUAAGAAUUCAUCUUCCGAGGACCAUGGUGACAAAUGUCUGCUCUGCAUGUGUUCUCUGGAUACUUCAGGUGAGAUGGCGUCCGCCUUCCAGGCCACCCUAAUUUCCGAACGCCUCUCUCAGGCAAAAUCUGCAGACGCCAAUGGUCCCCUUCCAGGAGAAAACCCAGGACGGAGUGGACCCCAGACAGGAAGCUGCUGCAGAGGCCCGGGACAACGUUGCGUGGAAGACGGGGGCUGCUCUCCUGCUUUAAGGCCCCCAGACACCCUAGAUGUGAGGCCAUGGUUGUGCUACAGUUGUCAGCUGACCGUCAAAGACAUGUCAUCUGUGGAUGUUCUCCCUGGGUGCAUCUUGUCGGAGGCUCGGAGGAGGCAAACCAGGUCUCGUAUGAGAGAAGAGAUCAGUGAUUUCCUGCUGGAUGAUUAGAAAGGAAAAGGACAACUCAAAGGAAACCAUUACAUCCAACUAGAAUAUGCAGGAGCAGUAUUCAGGUUAGUGUGAGUCACAGUACGUGUACCAUCAUGUACUGCGUCCAUGUACUGUCCCCCUGUGCUGAUCAUGGAACCUUUAUCAAAUAUUGUCAUCUAAGCUUUUAGAAUGAUGCUAGCGUGCCAUUUUUGUUUGCUUGUAAUAAAGUGCAAUCUUUGCACCUUUCAUGCUGUAUGUAUUGGUACACACACAUGUAUACAGUACAUAAACAGUACCAGUACCUGAGUGUGAGGUGUGUGACCCCCAGUGAUGCAACCUGUGGUCCUGCCGUCAAUGUAACACAAUUGAAAACAUUUGGCGUCCUUUGCUGUAAACCUCGCUGAACACCUCCGGUAGCGACACUAAGUCCUGGAUUUGGACUGUGACAGGAUCAGGGUCUUGCCUGUCUUUCUAGUGGACACCGCCACACUGGAUUAGAACUCUAUAGGAAGUAUCCACCAAGAGCUUUGACACAAAUAUGGCAUUUUUAGCAUGUAGGAAUAGAAGCUGCGGGUACAUUGUGUACAUCAUCAGUGUAAAUACUAAUAUAAUACUAAUUAGUACCAGACCCGACUAAUUUUCCACAAAAUAGGAGUCCUUCCUUUACCACAAAGAGAUCCUGUUUACAACCUUCUAAAUAUGAAUUGAACAUGAUUAGAGCCCUCUGGAUGUGAGAUAACACCCCUAUAGUCACUUUCACUUUUUAGUCUGGUGCUUGUGUGUCCCACCGAACAUUAACAUCACUGACAUCGAGUGUAGAAUACCACAUAUUAUGACAACAUCUUUGGAUUUUAAUCCUUGUAACCAUUCACAUGCUCCAAUAUUUUGGUAAUAAAUGAUGUAACAUUCAGGUGACAACAUUUGGACCGUUUACUUUUUACGAUUGCUAGCAUUUGGUUGUAGCCAACAACGUGCUCGGGGCUUUGGGGGCCUUUCGGGGGCUCCACUGUAACAUAAAGUUAGCAAGCCUGGCACGUUUGUCUGGGCAUGGCGGUCACCUUGUACUUGACGGGCUGAAGGACCACGCCGAACUUGCCCUCCAACAGGGGUAGGGGCUGACCGGGCGGGGUGGACAGCGUAAAGCGCUGCAGAAUCCAAGCCAGGAAUAGAAAGAGUUCCAUCUUGGCUAAGGCCUCUCCUAGACACACCCUGACCCCGGCCCCGAAUGGCAGGUAGCUGGACGUUGGGAGGAUCAGACCCGUGCCGUCACUGUUCAAGAAUCGAGCUGCAAAAAGAUGGCGGAUUUAGGAUAUCUCCACGGGAGAGAUUUGUUGUGUGAAUUUUGGAGGCGGGUACCCACUGGGAUCAAAGCGCUCAGGGUGGUGCCAUUCCUUCUGGUCGUGGUGCAAAGACCACAGGUUGAUGAUGACUCGGGUUCCUUUUUGCACCUUGAAAUUCCCGAGGCUACAAAACAGCAAAAACAUAAAUGUAUAUAAUAAACCAUCCAACAGAUUUUGACACCCCAAAAUCACAGCGCUAUUGGCUCCAAACUUAAAACAAUUAUUAUAUAUUAUUAAAUCAUACUGUUUAGUGGUUCAAUAUGACCUAAAAUAAGCAAUUCUUAAUGCCUACAUUAAGUAUUUUCAAGCAUAAAAAAUUACUAUAGGGGUGUUAGUUGAUGACCAGAGGGCUCUAAUACCAUUAAACUGUAUUUAGAAGUUCAGGAACACGGUGGCAUAGCAUGGAUGUAUAGCAUGUGUUUAGGCAAGCUUCGGUUCCAUGGAUGUAUAGCAUGUGUUUAGGCUAGCUUCGGGUUCCAUGGAUGUAAAGCAUGUGUUUAGGCUACCUUUGGUUCCAUGGAUGUAUAGCAUGUGUUUAGGCUAGCUACGGUUCCAUGGAUGUAUAGCAUGUGUUUAGGCUAGCUACGGUUCCGUGGAUGUAUAGUAUCGCAUGUGUUUAGGCUAGCUACGGUUCUGUGGAUGUAUAGCAUGUGUUGACACUAGCUACGGUUCCGUGGAUGUAUAGUAUAGCAUGUGUUUAUGCUAGCUUCGGUUCCAUGGAUGCAUAGCAUGUGUUUAGGCUAGCUACGGUUCCAUGGAUGUAUAGCAUGUGUUUAGGCUAGCUACGGUUCCGUGGAUGUAUAGUAUCGCAUGUGUUUAGGCUAGCUUCAGUUCCAUGUAUGUAUAGCAUGUGUUUAGGCUAGCUACGGUUCCGUGGAUGUAUAGCAUGUGUUUAGGCUAGCUACGGUUGUGUGGGUGUAUAGAAUGUGUUUAGGUUAGCUACGGUUCCUUGGAUGUAUAGUAUAGUAUGUGUUUAUGCUAGCUGAGGUUCCAUGGAUGUAUAGUAUAGCAUGUGUUAAGGCUAGCUGAGGUUCCAUGGAUGUAUAGCAUGUGUUUAGGCUAGCUACGGUUCCAUGGAUGUAUAGCAUGUGUUUAGGCUAGCUACGGUCUAAUAACAUUAACCUGUAUUUAGAAGUUCAGGAACAGGUUUUCUAUGCUCUACAAAUUACUCCAGAAGUAUUCCAUGUAGUAAGGACUCCUACUGUGCUAAUCUGGGUCUGGUCCGGAGCCAAUGAUGUGGGCUAAACCAGGUCUUGCUGGCCAUGAUGGGUGUUCCAAACGGCCCCUGUACCUGGUGUCACAGAGCGCCACGUGGGGGAUGAGCAGAGGCGCCACCGGACGGAUCCGCAACACCUCCUUGAUGGUGGCCUCCAGGUACGGCAGACUGCCUCUGUCACCGAGUUGGGGGCUCUGACCUCCUAACUUGCUGUCCAGCUCCCCCUGGAUGCGUCUCUGCACCUGAACGCAACACGCAGACUUUGUUACCGUCACGUUGUCAUGUCAAGGUAGCGUCUCGGUUUUUGUGGAGCUGCUGUUCACCUCGGGGUGAUGGAUGAGGUAGAUGAUGGCCCAUCGGAGCACGGUGACGGUGGUUUCUACACCGGCUCCAAAGAUGUCCCCCACGGUCAUCAGGAUGUGGUCAUCGCUGAGGUCCACCGAACCCCCGCCGCUCACUUCCGUGUUGUUGUUCUCGGCGUUGCGUUUGGCUCUCAGCAGAGCGUCCAUGAGGUCUCUCUGCAGAUGAUCGCUGUAGUUGGCCUGGGAGUUGCACACACGCCCCGUUCACGUCAGUACGCGUUUGUGGACCUUGCUGGACUUGGAUGACUACGGUGUGGUACCGCCCACCUUACCUUGUGUUCUUCAUAUUUCUUACACAGAAGUUGGUCUCGGAUUGAAACGCACUGUUUCAGCAGCCGCAGGUCAGAAUUGGGAAAAAUCUGCAAAAUGGGAUGAAUGUUGAAAGUACGACAUGUUAUUUUACAUCCGUCAUUCCUAUGCUUUGCAUUCAUGUCAUCAAGUUUAUGUCUUCAGUUACUCUUAUUAUGUCUACUAUGUUGUGUCAGUGGGGUGUAAAGGGGAUUUGGGGGUGCUAUUUCAUGUGUAGAGGGCUUUAAUAAUAAUAUUAAAAUCCAUAUUUAGAAAGUGGUAAACAGGUUUUUUAUUAACUGGAAAAAUGUAUUUUUAUUUGAUAUAUUCAUUGAAAACAGGUCUAAUAUUUGAUUUGAAUUGUGUUAACUAUUGUAUAGUAUAGCAUGUGUUUAUGCUAGCUACGGUUCCAUGGAUGUAUAGCAUGUGUUUAUGCUAGCUACGGUUCCAUGGAUGUAUAGCAUGUGUUUAGGCUAGCUACGGUUCCAUGGAUGUAUAGCAUGUGUUUAGGCUAGCUACGGUUCCGUGGAUGUAUAGCAUGUGUUUAGGCUAGCUGAGGUUCCAUGAAUGUAUAGCAUGUGUUUAGGCUAGCUACGGUUGUGUGGGUGUAUAGAAUGUGUUUAGGUUAGCUACGGUUCCUUGGAUGUAUAGUAUAGUAUGUGUUUAUGCUAGCUGAGGUUCCAUGGAUGUAUAGUAUAGCAUGUGUUAAGGCUAGCUGAGGUUCCAUGGAUGUAUAGCAUGUGUUGAGGCUAGCUACGGUUCCGUGGAUGUAUAGCAUGUGUUUAGGCUAGCUACGGUUCCGUGGAUGUAUAGAAUGUGUUUAGGCUAGCUGAGGUUCCGUGGAUGUAUAACAUGUGUUUAGGCUAGCUACGGUUCCAUGGAUGUAUAGCAUGUGUUGAGGCUAGCUACGGUUCCGUGGAUGUAUAACAUGUGUUUAGGCUAGCUACAGUUCCAUGGAUGUAUAGCAUGUGUUGAGGCUAGCUACGGUUGUGUGGAUGUAUAUAGUAUAGCAUGUGUUUAGGCUAGCUACGGUUCCAUGGAUGUAUAGCAUGUGUUUAGGCUAGCUACGGUUCCGUGGAUGUAUAGUAUAGCAUGUGUUGAGGCUAGCUGAGGUUUCAUGGAUGUAGUAUAGCAUGUGUUUAUGCUAGCUACGAUUGUGUGGAUGUAUAGCAUGUGUUGAGGCUAGCUGAGGUUCCAUGGAUGUAUAGCAUGUGUUUAUGCUAGCUACGGUGUGUGGAUGUAUAGCAUGGGUUUAGGCUAGCUACAGUUCCAUGGAUGUAUAGUAUAGCAUUUGUUUAGGCUAGCUACGAUUGGGUGGUGGUAUAGCAUGUGUUUUUAGUGUCUAGCACGGCCGUAUAGAUGGAUGCAUAGUCUUUGGUGUGUACCUGUAGCCAAGGGAAAAUGUCCACCAGGCUGUCUUUGGCUACGGUGUCCACAAUGCCCUGGCUGUAAAGAAGCAUGGCCUCAAAGUCAGGAUCUCCCCGGCAGUAUGUGGCGUUGAAACAUAAAGAACACACCACGUUGGUGACAGCACGCGUCAGCUCAGGAGAAAAGUCCAGAGAUGCCUCAGCUUUGUCCACAAGGAUGGAGCACAGAGACUGUGCCUGUGUGCAGACUGGAGGAGGACGCUCCAUUAUUACCACAGCAUAAGAAAAGGCUGCUAUAAUAUCAACGUUUUGUCGGUAAAGAUGGCGACCAAUUAAAGACCCUUAUUUUGUUAGAUGCUUCUCGAAUAAGUUUGUUGAAAGGAUGACUUAUCGUUUCAUUCUUAUGCUAGUUCUUAAUCCUCACUGUUUGAAUGGUUUAGUUAUAUUUAUUUUGGGUAAUAUCAUUCAUUCAUAAUAUAUAUCAUUUUCACUUACUAUUUUUGUCUUCUGUUUUUGUCUUCUAUUGUUGUAUAAAAUGACAAAUCAAUAACUUCAUGUAUUUUACAUGCCGCUUAAUCCUCAUUAGAGUCACCGGGUAUGCUGGAGCCUAUCCCAGUACACCCUGCUACACUCUGGUAAAACCCUGGUACACCCUGCUAUACCCUGGUACACUCUUGUACACCCUAGACUGGUCGCCAGCCAGUCUCAGGGAAGAUUAAAAAAUAAAUAAAUAAAUAAUUAAAUACAAUUAAAUAAAUUCAAUUAAAAAAAUACAUAAAAAAAUAAUUGGAAAAAAACCCUGAAUUUAUGUAAUUUAGUAUUUUUUUUUGUUUAUAAAAGGAAAAAAAAUCAAAAAUGCAAGUAAUCACCCUGGUACACCCUGCUAUACCUGCUAUACUCUGGUACACUAUGGUACACCCUAGACUGGUCGCCAGCCAGUCUCAGGGAAGAUUAAUAAAUAAAUAAUUAAAUAAAUUAAAUAAAAAAUAAUUAAAAUAAAAAAAUAACAGAAUUUAUGUAAUUUAGUAUUUUUUGUUUGUUUAUAACAGGGGAAAAAAAAUCAAAAAUGUAAGUAAUCACCCUGGUACACCCUGCUAUACCUGCUAUACCCUGGUACACUCUGGUACACCCUAGACUGGUCGCCAGCCAGUCUCAGGGAAGAUUAAAAAAUAAAUAAUUAAAUACAAUUAAAUUAAAUAAAAAAAUAAUUCAAAAAUAAUUAAAAUAAAAAAACUGAAUUAUGUAAUUUUGUAUUUUUUGUUUGUUUAUAAAAGGAAAAAAAAUCUAAAAUGUAAGUAAUCACUGGUCACCAGCCAAUCAUAUCACAUUAAAAUAUAAAUAAUCUUAAUAAAAAUAAUAAUUGAUGUCAUUUGUAAUAUUUUACUUUUGAGCUACUUAUUUUAUUUUUACAUGUAAAAAAAAAAGUCAUGCCCAGUGAUUGGCUGGCGACCAGUCCAGGGUGUACCCCGCCUCACGCCCAAAGACAGCUGGGAUAGGCUCCAGCACCCCCUUGUGAGGAAAAGCGGUAGAAAAUUAAUGAAUGAAUUAAAUAAAAAAAUAAUUAAAAUUAAAGAAAUAACUGAAUUUAUGCAAUUUAGUAUUUUUUGUUUUAUAAAAGGAAAAAAAACUAAAAUGUAAGUAAUCACUGGUCACCAGCCAAUCAUAGCACAUUAAAAUAUUAAUAUAUUAAUAAAAAUAAUAAUUGAUGUCAUUUGUAAUAUUUUACUUUUGAGCUACUUAUUUUAUUUUUAUAUGUAAAAAAAAGUCAUGCCCAGUGAUUGGCUGGUGCCCAGUGAUGAAUUAUGAACAGCAUUAAUUAAAUGGUGUCUCAUUAAUAGUUGAUUGAUUCCCGAUGCUCCGCUAUGAAGCAGACGAAUGUGGCGGCUAUCACAACAAACCUGGAUGGAGCUAGCGAUGCGGGUCGCUGUGCGCUACUCACUGAUCUUCUCAAGCGAAGCAGAACCUUCUCCAAACAUGCCGAGAGCUCCAUGGACCAGCUUCCUGUGGAACUUCCAGGUAGCGCUGUAGUCUCCAAAAGCAAUAUCUUUCCCGUCUCUGGUCAGAAUAUCCGUGGUCACCUUCAUCACACAGAAGAAGAGAGCCAAGAAUGAGGAGCUUUUUCAAGGGGGGGGUUGAGAAUGGAACCGAAAUACGCACUGUUCUCGCUCUUCCUGCAAAAAGUCGUCCCUUCUUGAGCAGGACCUCCUUGGCGUGGCGGUGCUGGUUGACGAUGAUGACUCUAUGGGAGCCCAUCAUCAGCGAGUACGUCUGGCCGUAUUUCUCCUGGAGCUUCUGGAAGAGCACAUGAGGAGGAUGUGCGCUUCUCAGACUCAGCAGGCUCCCGAUGAAAGGCAGCGACGGGAGGCGUGGGGGGUCCCGGGGCCCCUGUGGGAAAGUCCUACGCCGCAGCUUGAAUGCUAGGAAAGACAGAACCAAGGCCAAGCAGACGUACGCGCUCACAAGCCAAUCCAUGGUGGGUUGCCAGAUUCUCCGCGAAGGAGCUGAAGCAGGCGGCUUUUUAUUCCGCCGCUUCAAUGUCGCGCCCUUGACCUUAAAGCACGCCAACGUAAACACCAGCACACACGCCGCACCGCCGUAGAAGACGCGCUGCACACCGCUGCUCAUAUUCUACUCACGUCAGCAGAACGUCAUCGUUUUUAUUGCAGUCAUCUUUCAACAUUUGACUUUUGCUGUACCAUUAGCAUGCUAGCCAGUGGGAAGUCCUUGAGGAAAACUGGAGGUUUAGUUUCUCGGCUACGGCGGAAUAAUCAAUGAUUUUGGGAAUAAAGUCGUAAGUUGACGUGUCAGGGAAAGUAGACUAGAUCUUCCCUCCUGCUUCAGGCCAGCUUUUAUUUAUGAUGUGGCAGCAAAACAGCAGUAGACUGUUUACAACUUAGAUUAGCAUGGCUAGCCCUUCUCACCGCCACCUUGCUGACCCCGCCCCCUCCACGCGCCCAAGGCCAACACAUCAGACCUGCACAAGACUGGAAUGGAGCACAAAACCAUCAAAAUGGUUGUAGACCUGUUCAAGACUGGAAUGGAGUACAAAACCAUCAAAAUGGUUGUAGACCUGCACAGGACUUGAAAAGCAUCAACAAGACUGUAGACCUGCACAAGACUGGAAUGGAGUAUAAAACCAUCAACAAGACUGGAGACCCGCACAGGACUGGAAUGGACUACGAGAAGCAUCAACAAGACUGUAGACCUGCACAAGACUGGAAUGGAGUACAAAACCAUCAACAAGACUGUAGACCUCCACAAGACUGGAAUGGAGCACAAAACCAUCAACAAGACUGUAGACCUGCACAAGACUGGAAUGGAGUACAAAACCAUCAACAUGGUUGUAGACCUGCACAGGACUGGAAUGGACUACAAGAAGCAUCAACAAGACUGUAGACCUGCACAACACUGGAAUGGACUACAAAACCAUCAAAAUGGUUGUAGACCUGCACAAGACUUGAGAAGCAUCAACAAGACUGUAGACCUCCACAAGACUAGAAUGGAGCACAAAACCAUCAAAAUGGUUGUAGACCUGCACAGGACUGGAAUGGACUACGAGAAGCAUCAAGAAGACUGUAGACCUGAACAAGACCGUAACGGCGUACUAAAACAGGAAGAAGACUGCAAUAUUCAGUGUGGCAUUCAUAGUGUUGUGGGCGUGUGAAGGUCGUGAUUCGUGUUAAUCAUGGAAUAUUCUAUUGAUACCACAGCCCAUGGCGGCCAUGAAGUAGAACAAUUAGUAGAACAAUAAGUAGUACUUUUGAGGAGGAGAGCAGUGAAAGAGGACCAGAAGGUAAGAAAGGAUGAAGAGAUGCCUGGUUUCUUCCAAAGGACGUUUCUUCCUCCAUGGCGUCCAAAGCUCUAAUCAAACGACCUUCAGUGAUUGCAUCAUCAGCAGACUCCUGAUAAGAACCUUAUCAGCUCAACAGCUGCUUGGCCUUCACGCCGUCCCUGAGACGUGAGGAUGAUGAUGCUGUCUCACCAGUACUGAUGUACAGGAAUAUGCAGUAUUUGUCCACGUACAUACAGUAAGUAGGACUUCCACUACUUUCUGUCAGCCAUGUUGCUGACUUUUCACUUAAACCACGUCCUUCACACCAUUACUGUCAUCACUUUCAUUUUCACUUUGAUUCCACAAAUACAUGAAUUCAUAAAUCAGGCUGGUUUGGGCUUGGAUAUGGCUUAUCAUUCAUACCAAAAAUAUGCAUAUUUAAGUCAAACCAAUGUAUUUCUUUGCCCAAAUGAGGCAUUUCCUAGCAUAUCAUAUGUAGUAUUCUACACUGUCCGCUAGGUGUCAGUAAUGUUACUGUAAUGUUAGGAUGUAGUAGUCUACUCUCACCGCUAGGUGUCAGUAAUAUUAGGAUGUAGUAUUCUACACUGGUCACUAGGUGUCAGUAAUGUUACUGUAAUGUUAGGAUGUAGUAUUCGACACUGGCCGCUAGGUGUCAGUAAUGUUACUGUAAUGUUAGGAUGUAGUAUUCUACACUGGCCGCUAGAUGUCAGUAAUGUUACUGUAAUGUUAGGAUGUAGUAUUCUACACUGGCCGCUAGGUGUCAGUAAUCUUACUGUAAUGUUAGGAUGUAGUAUUCUACUCCCACCGCUCCGUGUCAGUAAUAUUACUGUAAUGUUAGGAUGUAGUAUUCUACUCUCACCGCUAGGUGUCAGUAAUGUUACUGUAAUGUUAGGAUGUAGUAUUCUACAGCGGUUACUAGGUGUCAGUAAUGUUACUGUAAUGUUAGGAUGUAGUAUUCUACAGCAUCACUAGGUGUCAGUAAUGUUACUGUAAUGUUAGGAUGUAGUAUUCUAUUCUCACUGCUAGGUGUCAGUAAUAUUGCUGUACUGUAAUGUUAGGAUGUAGUAUUCUACUCUCUCCGCUAGGUGUCAGUAAUAUUACUGUAAUGUUAGGGUGUAGUAUUCUACUCUCUCCGCUAGGUGUCAGUAAUGUUACUGUAAUGUUAGGGUGUAGUAUUCUACUCUCUCCGCUAGGUGUCAGUAAUGUAGUUGUAGCAUUCUUGUUCAUAAAAUCCAAAGUCUCCCUUUAAGAUGAUCCACUUUGUUUUCAUUCACUGUGUGAUUGAGUUCUUUAUUCGAUAUCGUCCCAGGCACAGUACCAAAAAAUUUUUUAUUCCUGGAGGAGAAAUUUUGAUCAGAAAUGAAAUUUAUGGUCCUGAAGGUUGUGGAAGAAUGGCGGGGAAAGGUGGUGAUGCGUUGCUGUGAUUGCGGCGAUGGAGUCCUCCGUGAUCACUGAUGUAGUUUUGCCGAUGGUCUCUCACGGCUGUCAGAGGUUUCUGGCCGCCGAUGUUUUUUGCGAAUCAUUUUGGAAAGGUCCUUAUCGAAUACCGCCCCGGAGCGAAGGGCGGACACCAAAUCAUCGAAUUCACCGCCCUCCUCUGCGUCCACGUUAAUUUGAGCUUUCUUAGCCUUCUGCUCCCGGUCCUUCUUCAUCUGCAGGACAGAAACUUUGCAGUCAUUUCUCCGGGAUCAAGUUCCCUUCACGGGACAUGAACUGUUCGGAUCAAUUACGCAAUAACGUCAUUAGCUAGAAAGAAUACAUUUGGCUUUUUCUCUUGGAUUGAGUACGUUAGGAACAUAUUUAGAUUCAUAUUUCAUAAAAACACCAUCUCACCUUUUCCUCCAGCAGUGCCCGUUUUUCCUCUUCCUCUUUUCGUCUGGCGAUGUCUUCGUUGGCCUGCUUGGCCUCUGAAAACGCGGAGAGGAAAGCGUCGAAGAUGCCAAAGAAUUCCUCAGGCUGAAGCUUGGACACGUCUUCUCCAAAAUGUCGGAAUGCUUUGCCGAGCUGGAGCCAGGAGAGAUGAGGAAAUGUGAGGUGGCGGCCAUGACAUAAGAGUUUCAGCUCACCAGUUCCUUGGCUUCCCCAAACGACUCUUCAACAUCGGAGAAGCUGAAGGACGCCACGGUGAUGAACUGCCUGACCACGGGAACGAAGGUAUCAUCAGGACCCAAGGAGGGCUGAGCCUGCUGGUACUCCAGUUCCUGGACACGGGUGCACACAGACCCACAUUUUAGGUGUUGUUGUAUGUCGUAUUACUCGGACAAAAAAUGACAAGCGUGUUUUCUCACAGCUUCAACGCUUUUGAUGCCAGAUCUUAGAUUGUUGACGUCUUUCUCCAACUCCGCCAUACUGAAAAGAUCAUGAAGGAAAGUUUGUUUGCUACAGUCUGGAUGAUUUUGGCUACAUCACCUUUUCAUCGCUCCCACGCUAUAUUUAGUGUUUUGUGGUUGCUAGGCUACCUUAGCUUAGCACGCGGAGUCAGCCAUGGAGGGUAAAAAAGAGUGUUAGUGUGUAAAAAAAUUUAGUGUGGAAGUGGUACGUUUUUGGCUUCUUACUGUGUCCUUGCCCACUCCAUUUGAAACCCUUUACAAUAAUAAGUUUACAAUAAAUAAACUGGAGGCUAACUAGUUAGCAAUAGCAUGCUUCAAGGCUUCAAAUAUCAUUGAGAAACUACAAUACAUACUCUAUAGAUAUGUAUUGAAAAAAGUCGUCCUUUAUCUCUGCAUGGGUUGAAUGUGUAUAUGUGUACUUGUGUAAUCGUGUACAUGUGUACUUACUUCACUUUAGCAGCCACCGGCACAUUUUGCAAGUCUUGGCUGAGGGCCACCACCGUGGGAAACGUCUUUUCCAGGACAGUAACAAUGUAGUUGAGCAGAGUGACGUUCCUACAAGACACGUUUACACGCAUUCAGGCAUUCAUUGCAUCUGUGUAUGCUUUACUUGGUAAACGUGGUAAUCUUGGUAAACGUGGUAAACUUGGUAAACGUGGUAAUCUUGGUAAACGUGGUAAUCUUGGUAAACGUGGUAAACUUGGUAAACGUGAUAAUCUUGGUAAACGCGAUAAUCUUGGUAAACGCAGUAAUCUUGGUAAACAUGGUAAUCUUGGUAAAUGUGGUAAUCUUGGUAAACAUGGUAAUCUUGGCAAACUUGGACAACGUGGUAAUCUUGGUAAACUUGGUAAUCUUGGUAAACGUGGUAAUCUUGGUAAACGUGGUAAUCUUGGUAAACGUGGUUAACUUGGUGAAAUUGGUAAACGUGGUAAUCUUGGUAAACGUGGUAAUCUUGGUAAGCGUGGUAAUCUUGGUAAACUUGGUAAACAUGGUAAUCUUGGUAAACGUGGUAAUCUUGGUAAAUGUGGUAAUCUUGGUAAACUUGGUAAUCUUGGUAAACGUGGUAAUCUUGGUAAACUUGGUAAUCUUGGUAAACAUGGUAAUCUUGGUGAACAUGGUUAACUUGGUAAACAUGGUAAUCUUGGUAAACGUGGUAAUCUUGGUAAACUUGGUAAUCUUGGUAAACGUGGUAAUCUUGGUAAAUUUGGUAAACGUGGUAAUCUUGAUAAACUUAGUAAUCUUGGUAAACCUGGUAAACUUGGUAAACCUGGUAAACUUGGUAGUCUUGGUGAACUUGGUAAACUUGGUAAACGUGGUAAUCUUGGUAAUCUUGAUAAUCUUGGUAAACUUGGUAGUUAGAUCAACAAAUAACGUCAGCACAUCCAAUGGCAGGUCAAACAUCUGGAAAGGCGUUUCUUCCUGGUUCUUUGGGCCGUGUGUAUAUCGGAGAAGGACUCAAAGAUCAUACGAUCAUCAAAGUUGCCAAAUGUUAUGAAAACUCCAGUAGAGCGUAUAUUUGGUUCCAUCACUAACUCCAUCAUCCAGAGGCGGAUGGAGGAAAGAACCAAGAAUGAACGUCCACAGCAGCUGCUGGACUCAUCAGGAAGUCAACCUGGAGCUUUUGUGCCUGGAAAGACUUAAGCCGCUACCAACGAGAUGACAAUAUCGAUGCUGCGCGGGUCGUAUCUAAGUGUUGUGCAACUGGCAUUGUGUGGGUAAAGCUUUCUAUGAGAAGCAAUUAGCGUGGAGUAGCACGUCUAAAUGACCAGUUAGUCGAUUAUCAACGCGUCAGCCAUACUUGUCGAUACUUGACUUGGUGUCAGCGAUCUUGUUCAGACUAGAGACUUUAAAUCCGUAAGCAUUUCCUCGCUGCCCUUUGUUCAUGUAGUUCCCAAAGGCUAGAACCACCUCCAACAGUUGACGGAGACGUCCGCUCCUCGUGACCUCCCUGGAUGCAAGACAUAGAGCUGAAAAGGCAAACAUGGGGGGGGGGGCGUCAUAGACCAUCAACAAACAUCUCUGAGUUGUGAUUCCAAGAACAAACGAUUUUCCAAUCGAUUCAUUUCGUUUUGCGAUACCUUGGAUUUUGGGUUUGAUGUCGGCGACUCUUUCAGCAAACUUCUUCUUAAAGUCAAGAGACAAAAGUCUUUGUUGGUAGUGGUUGAUUCUAGAGGGGACCAAUCAGACAAGAGUAUUAGCGGACUCAAAUAGCAAUGACAGUACUGGAUGGACGCCAUCAACUCCUUCAACGCCGAACGCCCCGACCCCUUCGGUAUUUUCCCAUUUAGACCAUUUUUUAAGGGACACACGGUAUUUUAUUCCAUGGCUAGUAAACAUCAAACUCCGUCUUUCUACCCUUUACUGUUCUUUAUCAAUCAGUAAUAGAACAUAGUUUCAGGGAAAUAUCAGUUCCCAACAAAAAAGGAAAGCAGACGGCUUUUUGUGGUGUUUUUCCUUCCACAUUUGGAAGGUAACUUGGGCACGCUACGCUCCUCCACGCUUUUCCACUUCAUGGAGAACAUCAUGCCGUGCUCCGUUAAAAGUCGCUUCUUAAGUCAUGAGGACUUCAAGGUCAUCUAACAGCGACCUUGAACGUCCUACACGGGUGUUCCAUACUCCAACUACAAACAUUUAGAAAUAAGGAAUGGUAAUCAUUUGGAAGGUCAUAGAUCAUCUAUUUGGAAAGAUGAUCACGUGUGAUAUUGAAGCAGGAUGGGGGGGGGGGGGGGUGCCGGUCAAAGGUCAAAUACUUCUAAAAUGUUGUCACCUGCUCAUGUCAUACAGGAAGCGGUCCGGUUUGGCCAUACGCUCCAGUUCAUGCUUGUGGUCCUCCAACAGCUCGAUGUCGCUCUUCUCCGGAACAAACUUCAGGAGCUUCACGACACAAAGCAGAUGUUUGCUCCUGGUGAUCUGGAGACAAGAGGAGAUCAUGAAUGUCCGUGGGCUGGAGGUUGCUGAGAACAACAAGAAGAAGGUUCUAAUGCUGAAGAUGGACAUCUGACCAAACCCAGUUUCAUAAACGUUAUUAACCAUCUGCUGAACGAUCCGGUCCAACAGCACCCAGUACUGAACGGUGGUCCUGUUUUGUUUAACUGGAACAGAGCACAACGGGGAAGACUUACGAUAUGCACGCCAUCGACGUUCCAGCCGAUCGGUACUAGCAUGGAAUUCCUGAACUGGCAUCAAACGUUGCGUCAGCCUUACACGGCAUCAUGAGGCAAUGCUGCAGAGCGGAGAGCAGGUGAGGAUACGCUUCUGUGUGGUUUAGUCGUUUCCUGAUGAGCUCAAACAUCUGGCUGGCGCUUUUGGUUUCGACGUGAACCUGGAACAUGACCACAGACGAUGGUCGACUCCGUAACAAACCCAUCGCUUCAAUGUCGCAAACGUUGACGCAAUGUUGGUCGGAACGACUUACAAGAUCGAAGCGCUUGGACAGAAGAAGCUCGUCCUCGUUCCUCAACAUUUCAAAGAAGUCCAGAUGUCUGAGCGAAAAAACCACCACGGAAUGUGAGAAGCUCGUGCACACCUACCUUCACGAGAUCUUUCAGCGCUUACGUUACCUGUCCAAGGUAGCGUUAUCAUGGCGGCGAAGUUUAUCAAUAACCGGCUGAAUGCCCAACAUCAGGAACUCGUACCGCAAGUGCGUACGGAACUCCAUACUGGCCUGCACACACACACACAGGAUAUCCAGUAGUACCUUGGUUAAGGUCCGCCCCGGAUAGCAUCUUUUUUGGUUAAAGAACACAUUUUUGUGUGGGCUGUACAGCGGUUCGAGUGGUUAGCACACAGACCUCACAGCUAGGAGACCAGGGUUCAAUUCCACCCUCUGUGUGAAGUUUGCAUGUUCUCCCCGUGCAUGCGUGGGUUUUCUCCGGGUACUCCGGUUUCCUCCCACAUUCCAAAAACAUGCUAGGUUAAUUAGCCACUCCAAAUUGUCCAUAGGUAUGAAUGUGAGUGUGAAUGGUUGUUUGUCUAUAUGUGCCCUGUGAUUGGCUGGCCACCAGUCCAGGGUGUACCCCGCAACUGGGAUAGGCUCCAGCACCCCCGCGACCCUCGUGAGGAAAAUGAAUGUUUGCCUUGUUUAGCAUCCGAAAUACCGUCCGGUUUGUUUAUGCCCCCAAUCUCGGGUCACGCACACAAGAUGGAAUCUUGCAUGUGCUAGCAUUUUUAGGACAACACGAACAGAUUCAUGAUGUUAAUGAAGGCGUCGCAGUACAUACAGUAUACUGUACCAUAUUUACAGUACAAGAUGUAAUAUCAUGUUGCCAAAUCCAAUGCAUCCUCACCUCGCCUGGUCCUUGGCUGAGCAGCGCAUUGAUUAAGGACAUGAUGGCCGUCUUCAGACUGACUUCAUCCCUGUAGCGGCCUGUGGAUCUGUCCAAGUCUGUCACGAGGGUCUGCAAACAAAACGAAAAAGUCCCCCUAAUAAGUGAUGGAGCAGUAGUCUCCAAGUUUCUACCAAAACAAGCUGCAGUAUUUGUAUUUCAUCCAUAUGUCUGGUUUUACAUAUUACACACACUCACGUAGCACAACCAGAGUUGUGCAACACUCACUCACACCACAUGAAAACAAAGCUGUUUUCUGAAAAUGAUGUCAAAGUUUGAACUAUGAACUUUCCCAACAAUAUUUCUGAGGGUUCCUCAACAAACCGUAGACCCUUAUCCGGAGACCCCCAUAUCAAAAGAGGAAGGACUCGGACCUGAAAGCGUGUUCUCUCUGAGGCAAAGGUCUGGUAGUGCAGCAUGGCCUCGAGGACUUUCUUAUGGCCCCCAGGCACCAGGCACACCGCCCCCAGGAUCUCUAAGACAGCAACCUGGAGAAGAAGACGGCAGAUUGUAGUAUUGUAGUAUUAUAAUUGUAGUAUUAUUUCAUCAUAGCUAGUAGUAGCAUGAUGCUACGUUACCUUGGUCUUCAUGUUUUCAGUGCUGAGACUUUGUGCAAUGAUGUUGAUGCUCUCGCUGUGCUCCAAGACGUGAGCUCUGCCCUGGGAAUUGUUCAUCAGAGCCUUCAUGCAUCCGAUCAGCGACGUGUGGAUCUGGGACUCAGCCGUCUCGUAGUCCAUGGACUUGAGAAAGUCCAGGAUACAGGAUAAGCCAUCUAAGUCCAUGAACCUUGUUACGAAUCUGGUGGAGAUCAAGCAGAGGGCGGAAUUCAGAAUCACUCGCAGACUGCAUCAGGUCACCGACGUAUGUAGCUGACGUAUGUAGCCUACAUAUGUAGUGUACGUGUGUAGCGUACGUAUGAAGCUUACGUAUGUAGCCUAUGUAUGUAGCCUAUGUAUGGAGCCUACAUAUGUAACGUACG